AUGCAAGACGACAGCAUAGAAGCUUCUACUUCCAUUUCUCAGCUCCUCAGAGAGAGCUACUUAGCAGAAACCAGACAUCGGGGAAACAAUGAGAGGAGCCGAGCAGAGCCUUCUUCCAACCCUUUCCAUUUUGGCAGUCCUUCUGGGGAUGCAGAAGACGGAGGAAGCCAAGAUGACCUUCCAGAUCUUUCAGCUUUUCUGAGCCAAGAAGAAUUAGAUGAAAGUGUCAAUCUGGCAAGAUUGGCGAUCAAUCACGACCCUUUGGAGAAAGCAGAUGAAGCUCAAGCCAGAAAACAUCUUUCUUCUGAUCAGAUGAAACACCUAUCAAAAUCAAGUUUUGACCCUAACUUCCACCAGGAUAACUCUCCAAGUCCUACCAGCUCUAACGAGAGCCCUCCGGAGGCAACAAGGCCACAGUAUAGUUCUGAGUCUCAGUCCAAAAAACUAUUCUUAAAUAAGGCUGCUGAUUUUAUUGAAGAGCUGUCCUCCCUUUUCAAAGCCCAUAGCUCCAAAAGGAUUAGGCCCCGGGCCUGCAAAAACCACAAGAGCAAAUUGGAAUCUCAAAACAAAGUUAUGCAGGAAAAUAGCUCCAGUUUCUCAGCUCUAUCAGAAAAAAGAGAAAGAUCAUCUGUUCCCAUUCCCAUCCCGACAGAUACUAGAGAUAACGAAGUGAAUCAUGCCCUUGAGCAGCAGGAAGCCAAGCUGCGUGGGGCUGAGCAGGCUGCCAGUGAAGCAGCUGGUGGAGACACCACCCCAGGGUCUUCACCGUCAUCCUUGUACUAUGAAGAACCUCUGGGACAACCUCCCCGAUUCACUCAAAAGUUAUGGAGCAGAGAAGUUCCAGAAGGAACCAGAGUACAGUUGGAUUGCAUAGUGGUAGGAAUUCCACCACCUCAAGUAAGGUGGUAUUGUGAAGGCAAGGAGCUUGAAAAUUCCCCAGACAUUCACAUUGUCCAGGCGGGAAAUCUGCACUCACUGACCAUUGCUGAAGCCUUUGAAGAGGACACAGGACGCUAUUCCUGCUUUGCUUCUAACAUCUAUGGGACAGAUUCAACUUCUGCUGAGAUUUAUAUAGAAGGGGCUUCUUCUUCUGACUCAGAAGGGGACCCUAACAAGGAAGAGAUGAAUCGAAUCCAGAAGCCAAAAGAGGUGUCACCCCCUCCCACUACUUCUGCAGCCAUUCCUUCAGCAGUACCCCAAGCCCAGCAUGUGGUGGCUCGGCCGAGUGUAUCAACCAUCCAACAGUGUCGGAGCCCUACUAACUAUUUGCAAGGAUUGGAUGGAAAACCUAUCAUUGCAGCUCCGGUGUUUACAAAGAUGUUACAAAAUUUAUCUGCCUCGGAGGGUCAGCUGGUUGUCUUUGAAUGCAGAGUGAAAGGAGCUCCAUCUCCUAAAGUUGAGUGGUACAGAGAAGGGACCUUGAUAGAAGAUUCUCCAGAUUUUAGAAUCUUACAGAAAAAACCUCGAUCCAUGGCAGAGCCGGAGGAGAUUUGUACUUUGGUCAUUGCUGAAGUAUUUGCAGAAGACUCUGGGUGCUUCACAUGUACUGCAAGCAACAAAUACGGCACAGUGUCAAGCAUCGCACAGCUGGAUGUAAGAGGAAAUGAAGACCUCAGAAAUAAUGGGUCUCUUCACUCAGCCAACUCCAUCACCAACCUGGCUGUGAUUGAGCAGCAGCCAUCCCCACCCAACCCACAGCCCCCUUCUGUGGAACAGCCCCCUAAACCCAAACUCGAAGGGGUUCUGGUGAACCACAACGAGCCCCGGUCCAGCUCAAGAAUCGGGCUCCGAGUACACUUCAACCUUCCCGAAGAUGACAAAGGAAACGAAGCAUCUCCUGAGGGUGGCACAAUGACUGCCAACCAGACCAGGCCUGAUUCUUUCCUGGAGAGAUUCAGUGUACAGCCAGCAAAACUCCCCGAGCCGUCCUCACCUGUCAAAGAGCCCCCACCAGUCCUGGCCAAACCUAAACUCGACUCCAGCCAGCUCCAGCAGCUUCACAACCAGGUCCUGCUGGAACAGCAGCAGCUGCAGAACCCAUCUCCUUCGUCUCCUAAGGAGUUUCCCUUCCACAUGAGUGUUUUGAACUCCGUUGCUUCCCCAGCAGGGACAUCGCCCAGCAGGCCCGUGAAGAGCCCCUCGUCGCAGUCGUUCAGCCUGGGCCGGCCCAAGCACUUCUUCCCCUCCGCCAACGCCUCCACGGCAGCCGCGGCCCGUUCCAGCUCCCCGGUGUUCACCCUGAGCAGCACUCCCCAGACCAUGCAGAGGACAGUGAGCAAAGAGAGCCUCUUAGUGUCUCACCCCUUCGUGCAGACCAAAUCUCUAGGAGGAGUUCCUGUCCACAACGAGCCAGCCCCUCUUCCAGGUCCAGCAGAGCCGGCACAACCGCCUCUCUCCUUUCCCAUCGCUGGCAGACACCAGUUUCAGCCCCGCUGUGUGUCUCCAAGUCCCGUCUCCCCCACCAGCCGGAUUGAGAACCCAGUGGCUUUCCUCAGCUCCGUCCUGCCUUCUCUCCCUGCCAUCCCACCCACCAAUGCCAUGGGGCUGCCCAGAAGCGCACCAUCCACACCAUCCCAAGGACUAAUGAGGAAAAAUGCAAAGUCUCCUCAGCCAAUGAACGAUGAUUACAUUCGUGAAGCAAAGAAUGCAGUGAUUCAAGACUUGGGGAAAAAGAUAAAUUUCAGUGAUGUCAGAUCCAACCAGCAGGAAUACAAAAUUUCCAGCUUUGAGCAGAGACUGAUGAAUGAAAUAGAAUUCCGCUUGGAACGUACCCCCGUUGAUGAGUCUGAUGAUGAAAUCCAACACGAUGAGAUCCCCACGGGCAAGUGUAUCGCUCCCAUCUUUGACAAAAGACUUAAGCACUUUCGAGUCACAGAAGGCUCUCCAGUCACAUUCACCUGCAAAAUUGUUGGAAUACCUAUCCCAAAGGUCUACUGGUUCAAAGAUGGGAAGCAGAUUUCAAAGAGAAAUGAGCACUGCAAAAUGAAGCGAGAAGGAGAUGGGACAUGUUCUCUGCACAUCGAGUCCACCACUAGUGAUGACGAUGGCAACUAUACCAUCAUGGCUGCCAACCCCCAGGGGAGAAUCAGCUGCUCUGGCCACUUAAUGGUACAAAGUUUGCCUAUUCGCAGUCGACUAACAUCUGCUGGUCAGUCUCACAGGGGAAGGUCCCGAGUGCAAGAAAGAGACAAGGAGCCCCUACAGGAACGCUUUUUCCGACCACAUUUCCUGCAGGCUCCUGGGGAUAUGGUAGCUCACGAGGGGCGCCUCUGUCGGCUGGACUGUAAGGUGAGUGGCUUACCACCCCCAGAGCUGACGUGGCUGCUCAAUGGCCAACCUGUGCUACCAGAUGUCUCCCACAAGAUGCUGGUCAGAGAGACCGGAGUCCACUCUCUGCUCAUUGACCCUCUCACUCAACGUGAUGCAGGGACCUACACGUGUGUUGCUACCAACAAAACGGGACAGAAUUCCUUUAGUCUGGAGCUCACUGUAGUAGCCAAAGAGGUGAAGAAAGCACCCGUGAUCCUGGAGAAGCUGCAGAACAGCGGGGUCCCGGAGGGCCACCUGGUGAGGCUGGAGUGCCGGGUGAUAGGCAUGCCGCCGCCCGUGUUCUACUGGAAGAAGGACAAUGAGACCAUCCCUGGCACCAGAGAGAGAAUCAGUAUGCACCAGGACACGACGGGGUAUGUCUGCCUCCUCAUUCAGCCCGCCAAGAAGUCAGACGCCGGAUGGUACACGCUGUCGGCAAAGAACGAAGCCGGAAUCGUGUCCUGCACCGCCCGGCUGGAUAUAUACGCUCAGUGGCACCAUCAGAUCCCACCGCCCAUGUCCAUCCGGCCCAGUGGCAGUCGCUACGGAUCUCUCACCAGCAAAGGACUUGACAUUUUCUCUGCCUUCUCCUCCAUGGAAAGCACCAUGGUGUAUUCGUGCUCUUCUCAGAGCGUGGUGGAGAGUGAUGAACUGUAA